GGAACCCCUCCUCCUCACAGAGAGAGCCAUGUCCACCCCAAUUGGCUGUCGUCCUGGGCAACCAAGGACGCAAGGGGCACGCGGGGGGCCCCCAGCCAGUAUUUAAAGGCCGCCACUGCCGGUGCCCACUCAGUCCGGCCAGGACGGCGACGGUGAAGCACCUGGGUUGAGAGGGAGGAGCAAGGUAACAAGCGACCACUGCCUCUCCGGUCCCCAGCCCUAGCCUCGGCGGAGGCGGGUGUGUGUGGGACCCGGGAGUGGCUCUCACAUCUCAUCGCCCACCAACACCUUCCUCCCCCACCAUCCUUACCCCACCCAACCCACCUGGGCAAGACAACCCAGGUGCGAAAGACAGUGAUUCUGACGGAAGAGCGAGCAAGUGGAGAAGAGGGGGGAAUCCUCGUGAACAGGGAAGGCGUGGUCACAGUCAAAGGCACGCGGCACUAGGGACUCCAGCUGAGGAGACGCUUCCCAUUGACCACCUGAUCAGGCCAAAGUGACUGCUCCUAGGACGCUACCACUGAGACCCGGUGGAGAUCCCUGAACCAUGACCCCGACGGUCAACGAAAGGGAGGACCCCCUUAAUCUGGGCGGCGGCGGCUGGGCAUCCUCCAUUCCAUUGCGCACCUGGUCCUCCUACCAUCGAAGGCAGAGGGGCUUUCCGGUGUCCAAGCGGCGAUACCGUGAUGGCCCAAAAAAUGAGUAUGAGGCUCCCAGGAAACAACCCAAGCAACAGCCCAUCCCAGGCCCUUGGUUUCAACCACCUACAGGGCCCUAUUGGGCCCUGUACUCCAAUUGGGAGCUCUGCGGAGGGCCCUGGCGCCCACCUAUCAUAGCAUUCCAGAGCCCCCUGUGCCCAGCGCAGAUGAUCAGGGCCUAUGGUCUACACCCGCUCUGCGUCUGCUGCUGCUCCUGCUGGAGCGGGCCAUGGAAUCCCGGCUGGGAGAGACCACCGGGUAGAAAGAAGCGCUGGGGACACAGGGGUCGUGGCCUGCGCCGCCACUCUCGUCGCUCCUUCCGGAGGAAUCCACCAACAGACCUGAGCAAGAUGCUGCGCCCGGUCAACCUGUGCGGGUGGCGGGCGCCUGGGAUGAGAGCGCCUCGGAACACCACCCAGUUCAUCAUGAACCAGGUCUAUGAAGACAUGAGGCAGCAAGAGAAGCUGGAGCGCCAGCAGGCAGCGUUGCGGGCACAGCAAGCCCAGGCCGGUGGCAUCUCCCCAGGAGACUCCACUACCAAUCAAGCUCCUCGCAGCGGCGUCGAAGAAGAUUCGCAGUUGCUGGAAGAUCUGUAUGGCUUCAUGCAGGAUCCCUCUCUAACCUUUAGUCCUGCUCUAGUGCAGCAAAACCAGUCUCCCACCCCAGGGCUGGUAGAGGAAGAGGAGAAAAAUGUUGAUGAUGAGUGUGACGAAGAGGUUUGUGAUGAAAAAGAGGAGAGCGAGGAGGAGGAGGAGGAAGAGGAAGUGGACAGAGUCUCAGAGGAUGAAGAUGUGGAUGAGGAGGAAGUCGAAGAGGCUGGCAAUGGGGAGGAAGGGGAAGAGGACCAAGAGGACGCGGAUAUGUUGGAAGAGGCGGGGCUGGAGGAGGGAAAACAGAGAGAGGAAGAUAAAUUCUUGCCUCUGGGAAUGCCUUUGUCAAUCCUAGUAGGGGACGAAGAAGAGAGAGAGAACUUUAUGAACUAUGAUUAUUUAAGCCAAGAACAAAUAAUUCCCAAUGUGCCAGAGGCAGAUCUCUUUAUGGUACCGGACAUUAGCCAUUAGUCACCAAGAAGGGAACUGAGAAACGAAAUGGAACUGAUUUGAGGCUAAUAUGGAUUAACAGCUUGUUAAAAGCAAAUUCAAAAUGCUAUGGAUCUUCCUCAGAAGAACACGAAGUUGCUUCUGUGGAACUGGUUGUCUGCCAUGGCCCCAGCAAUCCAUAAUCCAUGCAUGGAGAGGAUUCCCCAUGGUCACAAGGCAACUUGCACAUCUAGUUAAGAUCCAAGGAAACUAGGAUAACUGUCCUCUGAGAGGCUCUACCUACUUCCUGUACUACUUGCCACCUGAGCCCACUUGCCCUUGGGGGUUGGAGCUGAGAUGGCACAGAGUCAAUGACACAGACUCUGGGAGCAGGGGUACCUUUGGACAAGAGCAUUGUCUUCUACCAAUGUGUUGGGCUCCUUUGUAGCUGUUCUGAGACAUAUUCAGCCUAUAGACUACAUGUUAGACAUACUGGCAAGAGUAUGAGUACGUGUUUUCAUACAGAAGAUGCAAAGGAGUGAAAAACAUACUGAUAAAGGUUGAAGGCAUCUUAUUGGA